AAUUCCAUUCCAAACCCCAUCCGAGCCCAAUAGCCAGAUCGAUCUGUUUUUCGCAAAACUAAACCCUAACAUCCCUCUCUCGUCUUCACUCUCCACUCCUCUCCUCUUUUCUCCUCUCCGUCCCGGUCGUCCUCUCUCAGCUGCUCGCGGUCAUUGCUAUUGCUCAAUCAUAGCCUUAUUUCCAAGUCAUGGCGAGCUUCGAUUACGAAGACGCACCAGCCAACUCGGCGGCCCCAGCUUCAUCUCAAUCCCAUGAGGUCCUCGGGUACGAUCCGAACUUCGUCCCGGACUCGGUGAAGUCGUUCGCGGUGCACCUUUACAGGCACAUCCGGGAGAAGAACGUAUACGAGAUCCACCAGAUGUACGAGACGUCGUUCCAGACCCUCUCGGAGCGGCUCUUCAAGGACACCCCCUGGCCCUCCGUCGAUGCCGUUGCCCACUACGUGGACAACGACCACGUGUUCUGCCUCCUCUACCGCGAGAUGUGGUUCCGGCACUUGUACGCGCGGCUUUCCCCAACGCUCAAGCAGAGGAUCGAUUCCUGGGACAAUUACUGCAGCCUCUUCCAGGUGGUGCUUCACGGGGUCGUCAACAUGCAGCUGCCCAAUCAGUGGCUCUGGGACAUGGUCGAUGAGUUUGUCUACCAGUUUCAGAGCUUUUGCCAGUAUAGGGCUAAAAUGAAGAACAAGACCGAACAGGAGAUUGCACUUCUCAGGGAGUAUGACCAGGCUUGGAAUGUGUAUGGUGUACUCAACUACUUGCAAGCCCUUGUUGAGAAGUCCAUGAUCAUUCAGAUUCUUGAGCAGGAGAAGGAAGGCCUAGAACAGUUUACUGCAAAUGACGGAUAUGAUUACGAUGGUGGAAGUAAUGUAUUGAAGGUGUUGGGUUAUUUCAGUAUGGUGGGCUUGCUGCGAGUUCAUUGCCUCUUAGGUGAUUAUCACACUGGUUUAAAAUGCUUACUUCCCAUCGACAUUAGUCAACAAGGCGUUUACACAAGUGUGAUAGGAAGUCACAUCACUGCCAUAUAUCAUUAUGGAUUUGCCAACCUUAUGUUGCGGAGGUAUGUGGAGGCAAUUCGUGAAUUCAAUAAGAUUCUUUUGUACAUUUACAAGACCAAGCAAUAUCAUCAAAAGUCUCCACAGUAUGAGCAGAUACUAAAGAAAAAUGAGCAGAUGUAUGCCUUGCUAGCAAUUUGCCUCUCACUUUGUCCCCAAGUGAAGCUUGUUGAUGAAACUGUGAACUCUCAAUUACGGGAGAAGUACGGUGAAAAGAUGAUCAGAAUGCAAAGAUAUGAUGAUGAGGCAUUUGCUAUUUAUGAUGAGCUCUUUUCUUAUGCAUGCCCAAAGUUCAUUACCCCUUCGGCUCCAAGUUUUGAGGAGCCGCUUGUAAAUUACAACCAGGAUGCCUAUAGGCUUCAGUUGAAACUGUUUCUUUAUGAAGUGAAGCAACAACAGUUAUUAUCAGGUGUCAGGACCUUCUUGAAAGUGUAUUCAACCAUUUCUCUUGGGAAGCUUGCAAAUUAUAUGGAAGUUGAUGAGCCUACAUUGAGGACUAUUUUGAUGACAUACAAGCAUAAGACACAUGCUGUUGAUGGUGAUGGAAAAAUCACAUCCAAUGCUGAUGUGGAUUUCUACAUUGACGAUGACAUGAUUCAUGUUAUGGAAUCCAAAUCAGCUAAGAGAUACGGGGAUUACUUCCUGCGUCAGGUUGUCAAGCUUGAAGGGGUGAUCAAUGAUUUGGACAGGAUUAAGCUGGACUGAGUUGCCCAUUACCCUUUAGUAUUGACCCAUGUGGUCUUGCCAUGUGUUAUGAAUUUUUGUAGGUCUUUUGGCUGCUGCCCAUUACGUUAUCGUUAUUGGCUUAUUCUUA